AUGGCGGCGCCCAGGGACGCGCCGUGGCGCCGCCUGACCGGCCUCUCCUUCGGCGUGUACCGGGCGGCGGAGACCGGGAAGCUGAGCGUGAAGUCAGUCACCAGCCCCCGCUUCCUGGACAGCACCGGCACCCCAUCGCCCCACGGGCUGUACGAUUUGGCCCUGGGGCCCCUGGACAUCAAGGAGGUGUGCACCACAUGCAUGCAGGACUUCGACCACUGCCCGGGGCACCUGGGGCACAUGGACCUGCCCCUGCCUGUCUACAACCCUCUCUUCUUUGACAGCACGUUGCUCUGUGAUGCACCAGUGUCCGGAACAUUGGAGGGCAACAAGUGGGUAAAAAACGUAUGUGAGUGUAAAAAUAAAUUGAUCUCCCAAUUUUGGAAAUCACACACAAGUUCAAAGAGAUGUCCCAACUGCAAAGCUGAAAGAUCACUUGUCCGAAAAGAGCAUAACAGCAAACUGACUGUGACUUACCCUACUGUGGUAAUUCAGAAGUCAGGCAAACCUAAGAUGGUGGAGGAAGCAGCAGCCAUAGAUGAAACGCAACUGGGAAAACGAGGUUACCUGACGCCUAGCACUGCCAAAGACCACAUUGAAGCUCUGUGGAAGAACGAAGGUUUCUUCCUCAGCAGACUUUUUUCUGGCAUGAUGGUCAGUGGAGAUUCCAGUUUCAAUCCUGAGAUGUUCUUCCUGGAUAAACUUGUUGUUCCGCCAUCCAGGUAUCGUCCAGUGAGUUGUGUUGGAGACCAGAUGUUUGCAAAUGGUCAAACAGUGAACUUGCAAGCUGUCAUGAAAGAUGCCCAGGUAGCACGGAAACUUCUGGCUGUCAUGGCUCAAGAUCUGAAGCAAUCAACGCAAACUGAAGAGGGAGACCCCCUGAAGCCAGCGGAGCAGCCCUCGGAGCUCCUGGACCGCUCCUUCCUGGUGACCCUCCUUGGGCAGACCAUGGCAGAUAAGCUGUACAACCUCUGGAUUCGUCUUCAGAGCCAUGUCAAUAUUUUGUUUGACAGUGACAUGGACAAGCUCAUGACUGAAAAAUUCCCCGGAGUGCGUCAGAUUUUGGAAAAAAAGGAGGGCCUGUUCCGCAAACAUAUGAUGGGCAAGCGAGUGGAUUAUGCGGCCCGGUCAGUCAUUUGCCCUGACAUGUACAUUGGGACCAAUGAGAUCGGCAUUCCUAUGGUCUUUGCUACCAAACUGACCUAUCCUCAGCCUGUAACUCCUUGGAAUGUCCAUGAAUUGAGGCAAGCUGUUGUCAACGGCCCUGGCGUGCACCCAGGUGCCUCCAUGGUCAUCAACGAAGAUGGGUCUCGCACGAUCUUGAGUGCAGCCAGCCAGACCCAAAGGGAAGCCAUAGCCAAGCAACUCUUAACUCCUUCCACCGGGACUCCAAAAUCAGGGAUAAAAACUGUGUGCCGUCAUAUUAAAAAUGGAGAUGUCCUUUUGCUGAAUCGCCAGCCUACCCUUCAUAGACCCUCCAUCCAAGCUCACCGAGCCCGGAUUCUGCCUGAAGAGAAAGUGCUGAGGCUUCACUAUGCCAACUGCAAAGCCUACAAUGCUGACUUUGAUGGGGAUGAAAUGAACGCUCACUUCCCCCAGAAUGAGCUAGGCCGAGCGGAGGCCUACAUCUUGGCUUGUACCGAUGAGCAGUAUCUUGUUCCAAAGGAUGGGAUGCCAUUAGCAGGCCUGAUCCAGGAUCACAUGGUCUCUGGUACCAGCAUGACCACACGAGGCUGCUUCUUUACCCGAGAGCAGUACAUGGAGCUGGUGUAUCAAGGGCUGACUGACAAGAAAGGAAGAGUAAAGCUUUUGCCUCCAGCUAUUAUAAAACCGCAGCAUUUGUGGACUGGAAAGCAGGUUGUUUCUACUUUGCUGGCAAAUGUAAUACCAGAGAACUGGCCGCCACUGAAUUUGUCAGGGAGAGCAAAAAUUGAUGGAAGAGCCUGGGUGACGGCAUCUGAACCCAGUAUUUACCCUUCGGGUCUCAACUUUAUGUGUGAAUCUCAGGUGAUCAUUCAGAAUGGGGAGCUGCUGUGUGGGGUCUUGGACAAAGCUCAGUACGGCAGCUCCGCCUACGGCCUGGUCCACUGCUGCCACGAGGCCUACGGCGGGGAAACGAGUGGGAAGGUGCUGACGGCUCUGGCUCGGCUCUUCACAGCUUACCUGCAGUUCUACCGGGGCUUUACAAUGGGAGUUGAGGAUAUUUUGGUCAGACCACAAGCAGACCGCAAAAGACGAAAGAUCAUGAAAGACUGUACCUGUUGUGGUAAGAAGGCUAUCACAGCCGCAUUUGACUUGCCGGAGACCACGUCCUGUGAGCAGGCCCAGGGGAAGUGGCAAGGCGCCCACCUCCACAGAGACCAGACAAACUACAACGCGGUUGAUCUGAAAUUCAAAGCGGAAGUGAACCAUUACAGCAACGAGAUUAAUAAGGUGUGCAUGCCUCUUGGACUUCACCGGAGUUUCCCAGAAAAUAAUUUGCAGCUGAUGGUGCAGUCAGGAGCCAAAGGAUCUACUGUGAAUACUAUGCAGAUUUCUUGCUUGCUGGGCCAGAUUGAGUUGGAAGGCCGAAGGCCUCCAUUGAUGCCAUCUGGCAAAUCGUUGCCGUGUUUCCAGCCUUACGACUUUUCCCCCAGAUCAGGGGGGUUUGUGACGGGGAGAUUUCUCACGGGCAUCAAGCCUGCAGAAUUCUUCUUUCAUUGUAUGGCUGGUAGAGAGGGACUGGUGGAUACAGCUGUCAAAACCAGCCGAUCUGGAUACCUUCAAAGGUGUAUCAUAAAACAUUUGGAAGGGCUGAUAGUUCAUUAUGACCUGACUGUACGAGACAGUGACGGCAGCAUUGUGCAGUUUCUCUAUGGAGAAGAUGGCUUAAACGUUCCCAAAAUACAAUUCCUGCAACCCAAGCAGUUCCCUUUCAUUGUAGAGAACUACAAGAUAAUCGAGAAAUCUAAACAUUUAGAUGAGGUUCUGGUAAAAACAGACCCUCGACAUGCAAAGGAACAGUUCAGCUCUAUCCAGAGGUGGCAAGCCAGACACCAGCAGCCGUUCAGGAAAGGAGGUUUUUUGCGGUUUUCUCAGAAAAAGCUGGCGGGCAUCAGAGCCCAAAUCCCUAGUGGAGAACUCGUAAAUGGACGAGAUCCUAAAACUCUUCAGUUGUUGAAGAUGUGGUACGGACUGAAGGAGAAAAGACGAAGCAAGUAUCAGAAAAAGGCAGCGAAAUGCCCUGAUCCCUGCCUGGGUACCUGGCAGCCGGACAUCUAUUUUGCUUCGGUUUCAGAAACAUUUGAAAACGACGUAGAGAAUUUCCUUACAGAGUGGAGCACUCGGAAUGAACUCAGCUGUCGUCAAUCUGAACUUUCUUUGGAGAGAUUAAAGGCCUUGCUGCAUCUGAAGUGGCAGCAGUCCCUCUGUGACCCGGGGGAAGCGGUGGGACUUCUUGCUGCCCAGAGCAUCGGGGAGCCUUCCACGCAGAUGACUCUCAACACAUUCCACUUUGCUGGACGAGGUGAAAUGAAUGUCACUCUCGGUAUCCCAAGGUUGCGGGAGAUCUUGAUGGUAGCCAGUGCUAAGAUUAAAACCCCCAUGAUGUGCAUUCCUGUGCUUAAUACCAAGAGAGCUCACAAGAGAGUGAAGGAGCUCAAGAAACAGCUGACCAGAGUGUGCUUAGGCGAGGUGUUACGGAAAGUGGAUAUUCAGGAGUCUGUGUGUUUGGAGAAUAAGCUAAGCAAGCACCGCAUCUACACCAUCAAAUUUACCUUUUUGCCAUAUGAAUGUUACCGAGAAGAAAUUUGUGUGAAGCCAAGGGACAUCGUGAACUUUAUGGAGACAAGUUUCUUCAGAAUUUUACUGGAAACAGUUAAGAGGAAGAGUUCAAAGCUGAUCUCAUACAACAGCAUCAGCACUCAGAAAGCAAAUCACAGGGACGUUGGUGGUGAUGGGGAAGUUGGAGCAUCCCACGAAAACCAGGAUGACCAUGAAGUUGAGGAAGAAGGGAGAGGUCUUGAUGGUGAAAUUGAAGAAGGGGAUGCUGAUGCCACAGAUGCAAGAAGAAGAAAGAAGCAGGAAGAGGAGGUUGAUUAUGAGAGCGACGAAGGAGAAGUUGAGGAGGAGGAGGAGGAGGAAGCCCCAGAGUGGGGGGAGGAGGCUACCUCGCGUGACCGAGGCCGGGACCCAGAAGCUGCUGGAGCUCGGCAGGAUCCUUCUGCUCCUUCCUCGAAUCAGAAAAAGAGAAAGACCUCAGAGAAGCCGGCCCAUCACAGAGUUAAUGCCGUACUGGAGAGCCACAGUGCCAUUGCGAGCUACGUGUAUGACACAGAAAAUGAACUGUGGUGCGAGUCGGGGCUCUUCGCACCAUGCUUCCCGCUCAAGAUUGGCUCAACACCAGUCGCCGUCAAGAUCCCCCAAGUCUUCUCGACGCCGAUCACCAUCGACCUCGCCUCAACAUCGAUCCGCAGCGGUGGGGCGGUCGGCGUCGCUCGAACUCGAGUCAGCGUGCUCUGGCUCCUCGGAGUCGAUCCUCUUCACGGCGUCGGGAAGCCAAUGCACAUCGGACUCAGCCGGAAUAUCGGAGCCGAGACAACCGUUGGAGCAGAGACGACCGUCGGAGCUGAGGCGACCGUCGGAGCCGAGACGGAUGUCGGAGCAGAGACGACCGUCGAAGUCGAGACAGCCAUCGGAGUUGAGACAGCCGUCGGAGCCGAGACAGCCGUCGGAGUCGAUCGACUCAUCGGAGCCCGGACAGCCGUCGGAGCAGAGAUAGCCGUCAGAGCCGAGACCACCGUCGGAGCAGAGACAGCAGUCGGAGUCGAGACAGCCGUCAUCCUCUCCUUUCAGGCCCAAUCGCCAUCAUCGGCGGACUCGCUCUCAUCCUCGCGGAGUCCCCGCCGACGUCGUCAUACGCCAUCGCGAUACCAUGAUGUCAAUAAAGAUACCACUCGACUAAGGCAAGCACUGUCUCCUUCUGUGACAAGGGACAUUGAUCCUUCAGAAUAUGAUGAAUCCUACUCUCCUGAUGAGGUCAAGGAGUCCAGGGCGUCAGCUCUCUCGCUGGAGGACGCUGUGUCUUUGACGCUUCCACUGUCAAAGGAAUACUUCGACUUGGCCUCCCUGCUGACUUCCCUGGCAAACAAAACUGUUAUCCAUGAGACCAAGGGAAUCACGCGAUGCCUCUUAAAUGAAACCACAAACGCAAGUGGAGGGAAGGCGCUCACUUUGCAGACUGAGGGAAUAAACCUCUCUGAACUCUUCCAAUACUCUGAGAUUUUGGAUCUGAAGAGGCUUUAUUGCAAUGAUAUUCAUGCCAUGGCUAACACCUAUGGCAUUGAGGCGGCCUUGAAAGUCCUUGAGAAAGAGAUUAAAGAUGUGUUUGCUGUGUAUGGGAUUGCAGUAGAUCCUCGACAUCUCUCUCUGGUGUCAGACUACAUGUGCUUUGAAGGUGUUUACAAACCACUCAGUCGGUUUGGGAUGCAGUCCAGCUCGUCCCCGUUGCAGCAAAUGACGUUUGAGACUAGUUACAAGUUCUUGAAGGAAGCAGCAAUGCUGGGGUCCCAUGAUGAGCUACAGUCUCCUUCUGCUUGCCUGGUGGUCGGAAAAGUUGUCAAAGGAGGAACUGGAUUCUUUGAUCUCAAGCAGCCUCUUAAAUAGGUCUACGUGUGUUUGUGUAAAGCCUU